AUGGGAAGCGAGAGAGGAAGCGCCUGGGUGGGCGUCAAGGGCGCUGGAUCGCUAGACUUACGAAGCGAUGUCAUGACCGUCCCCACGCCGUCCAUGCUGGCGGCCGUCUCCUACUGCACCCUUGGAGACGACGUCUUUGGAGAGGAUCCCACUACGCAGGAUCUCGAGGCUCACGUUGCCAAGCUGGCCGGCAAGGAGGCCGGUCUGUUUGUCCUGUCGGGCACAAUGGGCAACCAGGUGGCAUUGCGAAGCCUCUUGGUCCAGCCUCCUCACGGCGUCCUGGCAGAUCAUCGCUCCCACAUUAUUCUCUAUGAGGCUGGAGGCGUCUCUUUCCUGACUGGCGCCACCGUCAAGCCCGUCGUCCCCAAGAACGGCAUCCAUCUCACCCUCGAGGACAUCAAGGCCAACGCCAUCAUCAGCGACAACGUCCACGACUGUCCCACCCGCGUCAUCAGCCUCGAAAACACCCUCAACGGCAUGGUCAUGCCCCUGAGCGAGGUCGAGCGCAUCUCCCGGUUUGCCCGCGAAAACGGCAUCAAGAUGCACUGCGACGGCGCCCGCCUCUGGGAGGCCGUCGUGUCCGGCGCGGGCUCCCUGGACGAGUUUUGCGCGCAGUUUGACACGGUGAGCUUGUGCUUCUCCAAGGGGCUGGGGGCGCCCGUCGGCAGCAUCAUUGUUGGAGACAAGACGACGCUGGAUCACGCUCGUUGGACGCGCAAGUCGAUUGGAGGUGGCAUGAGGCAGCCGGGCUUCAUCACAGCCGUGGCCAGGGUCGCUGUGGAUGAGACGUUCGGUACCAAUCCUAGUGGUAGUGACGGCUUGCUGAAGCAGAGUCACGAGAUGGCCAAGAGGGUGGAGGCGCUGUGGACGGGUAUGGGCGGGAAGCUGGUGCACCCGGUUCACACGAAUAUGGCGUGGGUGGAUAUUGAAGCGGCCGGGUGCAGCUUGGAGAGGUUUAAGGAGCUGAGUGAGGCGGAGGGAUUGAAGGUGAGUGGUGGACGGUUGGUGACGCACUAUCAGAUUGCGCAGAAUGGCGACGAGGUGCUUGAGCGGUUGGAGAGGGUGUUUAAGAAGGUGUUUGCUUAG